AUGGAUAACAAAAAGGCAGCAGAAGAUCUGACUGAUUACUUCAAAACAUACUUUGGGAACAAUCUUCAGAAAGUGUUACUGUAAGUGCAUGACUAGUAUAGAACACCCUCAGGAUUUUAAUGAUGAUGUUUUAUCUUUGGGGUAUGCUCCUUACCAAUAUAAACACUGAAUGAAACUGUACAUUUACACAAUAAAUUACACUGAGUUGUUGUUGUUGUUUACCAGGAAAGCUCCCCUGUCCACUGAUGAUGUCUUGGCUCCCACCAUUCGCCUCAUCAGGAAGAGAAGAGAGGAGCUGGACAUACACAAGGCCAUGGAGGCCCUUCAAGAGGUGAUACACAUGGGCAUGCACACACACGAACACACACACACACGUGCACACACACUGACCUCUGGCCCUUUGGCCGCUACUCCUGUGUGUGUCUCUAUCAGGACUUUGACAUGAUCCUGAUGGCCCAGCGUGUCAGAGAUAAAGAGCUGAAGGAGAGGGAGGUUAAGUUAAAGGAAUACCUCAGGAACUUCGACACAUUUCUCCAGGUAACCUCCUCUAGGUUGAGAGGUCCGGUAGUAGGACCUUAGUAGUAGGACCUCAACCUAUUAAUAUUUUCCAUUGAACUCAGAGACAGGAGUUCCACACCAUACAAACUGUUUCUACUAACCAAUCCCCUCCUGCCUUUCUCAGGAGAAUAAAUUGAAAAAACGUCAGUGCGUUGAAGAAAGCGGUGAAGGAGAGAGAGCUAGCUCGUCAGAAAGCAGCAAACCUACUCAUCCUGAGACAGGAGCUCAAGGCUCUCACUAAAGAGAGAGAAAAGAUUGCUGCUCUCGUAGAGAAACAUGAAAUCUACCCCCGCUUUCUAGAUAAAGUGGUCAUAGCCAGCAAACAGGUAAUGAGAGAUAUGAUAAGAUGGAAGAGACCAUCUCCCCGUAGAGGGGUGUCAGGUUUGUAUAGUUGAGGAGGCAGUGUGAGCUAAUUCUCUGGUCUGGUGUUGGCUUGGUGGUACUGGCACUGAUACUGAGAUUUCUAAGACUCUCCAUGGGUUUGUAACGUAUUUAAUGGAAAUAACUUCCAUUAUUAAGCCAUUGAGAGAAGCAUGUGGUAGAAAGUCAGGUCAGGUCAGGGGUGGCCAAUCCUAUUCAUAAGGAGAGCUACUGGGUUAAACUAAUAAGCUGCACAUCAGGAUGUUUAAUAGUUGAAUCAGGUGUUUUAGUUAGAGCAGGGCUGGAACAAAAGCCUACACACCCAGUAGCUCUCCAUGAAGAGCAGUAGCUCUCCAGGAGGAGGAUUGGCCAUCCCUGACCUAACCUGACCCUCAGUCUAAUAGGGAUGGGUAGUGUUAGCACCCCUAACCUAGAGUAAUUAUCAACCCAAAGUCAACCAUUUUGUGAACAUUAUUCUAACAGUGUUAGAAUCCUCUCAGUUCCAGGAGGUGUGGCAGGUGAUGUCCAGGUUGGACACUCUGGUCCAGAUCAGGGAGGAACUACUGACCAGCACCAAGCAGAACCAGGAGUGUUGUGAGACGGCCCGGACCCAGCUGACCCAGUACCUGGAGCAGAGCGAAGACAGCUGCACUACAACAACAGGCUGGCCCAGCUACAGAGCAUUCUGGACGGAGCACGCAGUGAGACCAUGCUAUGGGUGAGGGGAUAACAGUCAACAGACAUUACAUGUGGCUGUGCAGCCCAAUGCGGGAUCAGCAUGGUUUUACCAUUUUUAUUUAUUUAACCUUUAUUUCGACAGGGAGUCAUUCUGAGACCUAGGUGUCUUUCAUAGAUGAGCCCUGCACACACAUCAAUAUACACUACACACAUCACUAUACACAUUAAUAUACACAUCAAUAUUUACACCAAUACACAAAAAGCUAAACACAAUCAUAGAAAACAAACAGUAAAAAGGACCUCAAUCAGCCUUUUGUAUUGCCCUAGAGGCACCAAACUUCAGAGAGCCUUGGAGACCAUUUCACAAGCAAGGUGCAAAAAAACUAAAAGCAGAUUUAUCUAACUCAGUGGAGAUCGAGAGUUAGCCAUACCUGAGACUGGGUCUGGAAUCUCAUACGUCUGUAAGUUAACAAUGAAGUAAGGUACGGCGGAAGUUCAUGCAGGAGGGCUUUAUAAACAAAAAGAGUGCAUUGCAUCGAUCUACAGACUUCAAAGAAGGCCAGCCUACUUUCUGAUACAGAAUGCAGUGAUGUGUACUGAACCUAUUGUCCGUAAUAAAGCAUAGUGGCAGCUGCAUUCAUAUAGACAAUAACCGGUAUGAAUGUUGACAGAAUUAUUUGUUUACUGCUAUUUAAUGAAAGGCAUGACUUAUUCCUGUAAAAGAAGCUCAUUUUAAUUAUUAAUUUCUUAACUAACUCAUCAACAUGAUAGCAUUUCGUCAACCCAGAUACCCAGAUAUUUAUAUGCGGUGACACAAUCAAUGAGAGCACGAUCCAAUGUACAUAUGCAUAAAUAAUCCGAUACAUUUUUACGUGAUUUAGAGCAUAACCAAGGCUUUCUACAAAGCAAUGAAGGCAGAGCCUGGUCAGCCGUGGGGGCAACAGCAUACACAACAGUGUCAUCUGCAUACAGUUGUAUGUAAAACAUUUUUUUUACAGAUAGACCAACAUUGUUUAUAUAGACAGUAAAAUGUACAGGACUAAAAUCGAUCCCUGUGGGACACCUUUCGUAAUAUGAAGGAAACCUGACUCAACAUCAUCAGAAAAAAACAAGUUGUUGCCUCCCGAGUGGCGCAGUGGUCUAAGGCGCUGCAUCGCAGUGUUGCGGCAUGACUACAGCCUGGGGUUCGAUCCCAUCCUCCGGGUGAAGCGAAGGUAGAGUAAUGCAUCCUCCGGGUUAAGCAAGCGGGUGUUAAGAAACGCAGCUUGGCGGGUCAUGUUUCGAAGGAUCCAUGACUCGACCUUUGCCUCUCCCGAGCCUGUUGGGGAGUUGCAGGGAUGAGACAAGAUCGUAAUCACGAAAUUGGGGAGAAAAAGGGGGUAAAAUACACCUUGUGUGUAAAGUAAUGUUUUAACCAAUUACAUGACACCUUAUCCAUUCCGAUUGCAGACAAUCUUUGAAUCAGUAAAGAGUGGUCAACAGUAUGGAAAGCCAUCGAUAAGUCAAUAAAGAGGGCAGCACAGUGAAACCAGACGGGUGAACACUUAGAAUACAUCUUGUAGCUAGGAUGGAUCUAAGCUAACAGUUGAUUAAAGAUUCAAAAAUGGUUGCUAGGCAAGACAAUUUCGAGAUAGGGCGAUAAUUAUUUAGGUCGGAGGGGUCACCACCUUUGUGGAGAGGGAGCACAUGGGCCGCCUUCCAAAUCCUGGGGAUAGCACCAGAGAUAAGCAUCAGAUUAAAAAUAUGUGUCAAUGACUCCGCAAUCAGGGGAGCAGAAAGAUGCAGCCAGAAAGGAUAAAGCAAAUCAGCGGCAGUGGAUUUUUUUUUUUUACAUCAAUCUUAAGCAGGGCAUCUAGUAGAUCACAAAUAGAAAGUUGUUUAAAUGAAAACAAAGAUUCACUAGAAGUUGACUGAUCUUCCACCGAGCCAACUGGAGGCAGAGGGAAGAGUAGUCGACUGACUGACCAGGGUCAAUUUAACCACCAUUUCUUUCAAAUAAAAAAGCCUGCCGAGAUAAAAUGCUGAUUAAAAGCAUCACUUAUCUAAUUUUUCUCAGUAAUGAUGGGAGAGUCUGACACAACUUGCUUAAGCAGGGAAGGGGAUGGAAUUUCCACGCUUCAGUGCGCUAACUGUUUCCCAAAAUGUAGACAUGAGAAACACACAGACCAGUCUUUCCUUUCCUUUACCCCUCUGUCUCUCUCUCUUCAUGUGUUUGUCCCCUCAGGAGUCUCGGUGGGCUCACAUCCAGAACACGGCAACUACGAAGACCCUGCUCCUGAGCACCAUCAAGAUGGCCACCCUCAAC